CUCAGGGAAAGGCGAAUGGAAGGGAACAUGGCUGCCUGUGUAUUAGCAACCAUUCUAACACUUCUUGCUUCUGCAGUGGGAGUUUGAAUCGAAGCUGUCAUGGAAAAGCGGAAAAGACCUCCAGAGGAAGAUGCCCUUGAGCACAUAGUUGCUCACAGAGACAAACCCUUUCUGGAAGAGAGGUAUAUAGACUCCUUUAAAGGGAGAGGACUCUUCACCCACAAAGCCAUUGAACCGUCCACAUUUGUUGUGGAAUAUCGUGGGAAUAUCUUCCGUCACAAAGACACAAGGUCCAAGAGGACAUGUGGUGAUACUCUGAACAAUUAUUUGUAUGAGUUUUCAUGGAAAGGAGGAAACUGGUGUAUUGAUGCUUCCAAAGAGGACAGGAGCCUUGGAAGACUUGUGAAUGAUGAUCACCUAAAUCCCAACUGUGAAAUGAAGAAAAUUGUUUGUGAGGGGAAGCCACACUUGUGUCUUUUUGCAAUGAAAAAAAUAUCUCCAGGUGAGGAGAUAACAUUCAACUAUGGAAAUGCCUCUUACCCGUGGCGCUCAAGGGAGUCCUGUGGUGGAUCAAGUACUUCUGACACAGCCUUUUAUGCUACAUCAUCAACGCCAGGGAAUGACAGGCUUGAGGACUCUGGAGAUUCCCUCUCUGAUGAAUCCUGCUCUGAUGAGAAUGAUGACGAACUACCUGACAGUGGACCAAGCCAUCACAGGAGCAGCUUUGCCAAUGCCAACAGUCAGCUGGACUUCAGGGAUGGGUCACCUUUUACAGAGUUUGAUUCCUCUCAAGAGGCGACAGGGUCCUUUAUGCACCAAGCAGACGGUGCUUCAUGCAGCCAGCAGGAGGAGGAUGAGGAUGCUUUUAACUAUGAUGAUCAUGGCUCGGAUGAGGACUAUGUGCCCAGCGACGAUGUAGAAGCCAAAGAGCCAACGUACACCAACAAAAAUUAUUGUUUUGUUUGUGGGAAAGGUAUGACUAAACUUGCUCGUCAUCUUGCAAGGCAUGUUGAUGAAGAGCCUGAGAUCGCUGAAGCUUUAUCAUUACCCAAAAAGUCCAAGGAGCGAAAAAGGUUGCUUGAGGAUUUACGAAACAGAGGAAAUUACAAACAUAAUCAAGAGGUGUUAAGGAAUAACUGUGGUGAGUUAAAACUGAAAAGGCGACCAUCAUCUAUGCAAAUGAGUGCUAAAGCCUUUGUGCACUGUCUUUAUUGUAAAAGCUUGCUUGACCGUAAGAACAUGUGGAGGCAUGUAGCCAAAUGCCCUUCAAGGAUAACAACAGAUUCUGCAACACCUGGUAAGACAAGAGUCUUAACUGAGAUUGCUCUUGCAGAGUCCCCAUUCUCUGAAAAAAUUCCAUCUGCUGUGUGGAAGAUGCUUGUAACUAUGAAACAAGAUGAGAUUGCAUUCGUAAUUCAGAACGAUUACCUUCUAAUACAGCUGGCACAAUAUCUGUGCGAGAAGUAUGGAAAUAGUCAAAAGAAACAUGAAAACAUCAGACAGAAGCUGAGAGAAAUGGGAAGACUUUUGUUAGCGCUGCAUGAAAAGUCGCUGUUCAGCUUUGAGGGUGCUAUCAAUCCCAAAAACUUCUACAAAGUUGUUGAAGCUGUCAAAAACAUGGCUGGUUUCGAUGAAAAAAAGCAGAGCUACGCCAAACCAAGUCUUGCUUUGAAGUUAGGACAUUCUCUCAAACAAAUAUGCAAAAUUGUCUUGACUGGAACUGAUGCCAAUGAGCAGACGAUGAGAGACACAAAGACAUUCUUGACACUUUGUACUAAAGAAUGGGCUGAACUCAUCUCCCAAAAAGCCCACGCCUCACUGAGUGGACGAAAAGUCAACAGCCCGAUCUACGAUACCAUUCACACGAGAUGUGCAGGCUUUCUAUAGGUACCUGGAAAGAACAUCAGCUUCUGCCACUGAAAGCAUGGAGAUGUAUGAAAGCCCACAGGUUUACAAAGCACUCUGCAGAGUGACACUUGCUCAGGUGUCAGUCUUAAACAAAGGUGCGCCUGAGGUUUCAAAAAUGACAGUGAAGUCAUUCCAGGAGAGGGAGGACGCCACCCAAGUGUUGUCCAAGCGCUUUAUCAGAAUAAACAUUCCCAGCAAGACUGACCAAAGCGUUGCUGUUUUGUUAACAUCUGAACUUGUUGGUGCAUUAACACUGCUUGUGAACAAGAGGAUGGCAUGUGGAGUACAUAAGGACAAUCCGUACUUGUUUGCAAAAGCCUGACAAUUCUGCUUUGAGCCUCUACCACGGAGGGAACUGCAUCAGGGCUUUUUCAAGUCUUUGUCGUGCAAAAAAUCCAGAGCAUCUUAGGUCGGUACAUCUUCACAAGCACAUCGCAAGAGUCUUUCAGAUUCUCAACCUGGAGAAUGAUGAGCUCGGUCACCUGGCUAAGCUGCUGGGCCAUGACAUCCGGGCCGACAGGGACUACUACCGUUUGCCAGAGGCAGCUGUGGAAGUGGCAAAGAUUGCGAAACUACUGCUGGCAAAGGAAAAGGGCUCUCUUGAAAGAUUCAAAGGGAACUCUCUGGAUGAAAUUGAGAUUGAGGACAAACUGGAGCCAGAUGUGGAGCAGGCAAACCCUAAAAACAGUGAUGCUGAAGAGGAGAAUGAAAAAUCAGACGUUUUACCUCAGAAGAAUGAUGAUGUGGAACGACAAGGCAGACACCGUACUCCUGAGCAGGAUGCCCUGGAGCACAUAAAGGCUUGCAGAGAUAAACCCUUCCUGGAGGCAAUGUUUAUUGACCCCCAUAAAGGCAGAGGUGUGUUCACCCAUAAAUCCAUUGAACCGUCUGCUUUCGUUGUUGAAUAUCGAGGGAACAUCUUUGCUCUCAAAGAGAUGCAGCAAAAGAAACGUGGUGAUAUUUUGGACAAUUAUGUGUUCGACUUUUUGUGGAGUGGAACAAGCUGGCGCAUCGAUGCUUCUGCAGAGGAUGCGACCCUGGGAAGACUUGUGAAUGACGAUCACAUAAGUCCCAACUGUGAAAUGAAGAAGGUUGUUUUUGAGAGGAAGCCCCACUUGUGCCUCUUUGCAUUGAAGAAAAUCUCUCGAGGCGAGGAGAUAACAUACAACUAUGGGGACUCCUCGUACCCCUGGCGUUCAACAGAGCAGGAAAACUGUAAGGAACUGCCUACAUCACAAACUGACCAAAAUGCUGCUGCAUCUUCCCUGUGGGAUGAAGAGGUCGAGGACUCAGCAGGGGCCUUUAGUUCUGCAGAAUCCUGCAGUGACGAGUUUGUCCCUGAUGAUGAUCAAAGCAGUGAUAAUAGUUCUACCGGGAACAAAAACCAGCAGCGUCAGAAGUUCAAGAACAAACCAGAUUUUUCCAAACAGCAGAACUCAGUGUGGCAACCUGUCAAUGAUUCAUCCGUCCAGCAGGAGGACAAGGCUGACUACAGCUCCGAUUUCUCUGCCUCUGACGAAGAGCCUUCCUGCACCAAAAAAAACUAUUGCUACGUUUGCGGGAAAGCUCAGACUAAAAUUUCUCGUCACCUUUUCACCCACAGACAUGAAGAGUCUGAUAUCGCUGCAGUGUUUGCAUUGCGUCGAAAGUCCAAGGAACGAAAAAGACAACUGGGGAAGUUACGGAACAGAGGAAAUUACAAACAUAAUCAGGAGGUUUUGAAGACUCGCCGUGGAAAACUCAAAGUGAUACAAUUAAGAUCAGACAUGCCCAACGCUACUCAAAGAUUUGCACCCUGUAUAUAUUGUAAAGGCAUGUACACUCGUAAGGUAAUAUGGCGACAUUUGCAAAAGUGUACUUCAAAGAAAACCCCAACACCUCCAAGAGCUGUCAAGACUCAAAUCUUAACUUUAGUUGCUGCUACAGUGUCAACAAACCCCCAAGAAAUCUCAUCAGAUGUGAGGAAUUUGUUGAAAAGCCUGAAGAAAGAUGAGAUUGCAUCUGUACUUUGGAAUGAUUCUUACAUACUGCUGCUGGCUGAGUGUUUUUGCCACGUGAAAGACAGGGAAACAAAAGGGAAAGAAUAUAUCACACAGAGGCUGAGGCAAAUGGGAAGACUCCUGUUAACACUGAGGAAAAAGUCGAUAAGUAGCUUUGAAGAUGCCAUGAAACCUGAAAACUUCAGCAAAGUUGUUGAAGCUGUCAGAGAGCUGGUUGGUUUCAAUGAGGAGACAAAGUCCUGUGAGAGACCAAGUCUGAUGUGGAAACUGGGGAAUUCACUCAGGAAAAUUGGCGACAUUAAAUACGCUAGGGCUUUGACAGAAGAUGCCGAUAAAGAGACGAUAGCUGAAGCAGAGACAUUCAUGAAGUUGUGUGCUGAAGAAUGGAAGCCUGCCACCCCAUUAAAACCAAAACCAACCAUUAAGAGCCCAUCAACCAUCCCGUUCACACAAGACGUGCAGCUUUUCUACCAGUGCAUGGAGAAGACGGCAGCAUCUGGGAUCCAAAGCCUGACGAUGUAUGGAAGUGCUCCGGUCUAUAAUGCACUUCUCAGAGUGACGGUUGCGCAAGUGUCGGUCUUAAACAAAAAUGUGGUAGAAGUUUCAAAAGUAACACUCCAGUCCUUCAAUGAAAGGGACAAGACUGAGCUUCAUGAAGACGCUGCUGUUUGUCAGUCACAGUUGGAGAAAAUUCUGUCCAAGCACUACAUGAAGAUCAAUGUCCUGAGCAAAAGUGGCAAAAAAGGUUGUGAGAAAAAAGUUGCUCUUACAGUGACCCCUGAACUUCUCAGCACAAUAACACUGCUUGUGAGCAAGAGAGAAGCAUGUGGUGUACAUAAAGGUAAUCCCUUCUUAUUUGCAAGACCUGUCGCCAUAUGUGCGAGCUUCUACCAGGGGACAACGUGCAUCAGCACUUUUGCAGCUCGGUGUGGUGCCAAGAACCCACAGAACCUCAGGUCUGUACUUCUACAGAAGCACAUUUUAAGAAUUUUCCAGAUUCUGACCCUCACGAACGAUGAGCUUGAUCAGCUCUCCAAACUGCUGGGCCGUGACAUUCAGACCAACAGGGAGUAUUAUCAGACGUCAGAGGCAGCUGUCGACAUCGCAAAAAUCUCAGAGCUACUCUCAGCAAUGGAGGAUGGAUCUCUCGAGAGAUUCAAAGGAAAGUCGUUUGAGGAAAUUGAGAUUCCAGAUGAAGUGCAGCCAGAUGUGGAGCAGGAGGAUUCUGAAAACAAUGACACCGAGGAGGACAAUGAAGACACAGAAAGUCCUCUCCUGCCGAGCGAAGUCUCAUUUUCACCACCUAAUGAAAGAGCUGCUUCCUCGAGAAAACGUGGCCGAGGCCAAGGCAGGAGGAAGGAGAGUGAAAAUGAGGAGUCUCAGCUGAAUAACAAGAUAAACGAUGAGGUGAACUCAGAGAACGACAAUAAGUCAGAGGACCUGCCAGUGAAAUGUGCUGUCAAAACACCUGAGGACGCAACUGGUGGUCACGAGGAUGCAACAAACAUUUACUUUAGCGAUGAUGAUGAGGACAUGAAUGUGGACUUCGAUAUAGACAUAGACACAGAUGAGGACGUCAGAAAUGAGGAAGAUUAUGGAGAUGGAGACUCAAAUGGAUUGGCAGCAGUGCCUGUGAUGAGAGAUGUCAAAGAAACCGCAAAGGAGGACAAGAAUGUCACUGAUAAGAAGCAGAAAGAGAGCUCACCUAACAAACACACCGCUGACUCAGACCUCGAAGAGACCAUGGACGCCGAUUCAGACGGUGAUGUGGAGAAAAAAGAUGAAGAGAAAGGACAGGAUGAGACUGAUGGCAUGGAUGUGGAUAGCAGCAGUUCCUCUGCUGCCUUAGACACAGAAAAGAAGAACAGAUUAUUAGCUGCACUGUCUGGGAUGAAAGAGGUGAAGAUAUUGAUCCCAAAACUGGACAUUGAGAAGUUGCAGACUCCAAUCCACGUCUCCCAGUUAUCAUCUGUGUGUAACAUCCAGCCUGUGAAAGAUCAGCCCGUCCGGGACAACGACAUCCAGCGCGAUACGUCCUCUAGAUCCACAGACGACAGGAACAAGCCUAGCUGUGAAAAGGCCAUACAGAUGACCUGCUCCAACUGCAAGAUGAGCAUGAUGAUGGGACAGACUGCGUACCAGAAGAAGGGAUUCACAGACGUCUUCUGCUCCAAAAGCUGCCUGUUUGAAAAGUUCCCCGUCAACAAACCAGCCACCAAGACCUGUCACUACUGUCACAAAGCGAUAACGCAGCCUCUGGACCUCAUCAUGGCUGUAGUGGACAUUAAAGGAACUACGAAGGACUUCUGCAGCGUGGCCUGUCUGUCCGUCUUCAAGUCCAAUAGCGCCCCCAACCAAACUCCACAGUCCCUCUGCAGCAUGUGCAACAAAUCCUGCACCACCACAUGUGAGUUGACCCUGAAUGAGGACAUCCACAAGUUUUGCAGCGACCCCUGUUUGGAGGAUUUCUGCAGGGAGAAGAUGCCCGACUGUGACAACUGCUGCUCCCCCUGCCGCAAGACGCCGCUCACACUGAUGCUGGAGGAGGACACAAAAACCAUCUGUAGCAAGGAGUGUCUGCAAGAACUCAAAGAGAAAACUAAGACGCCUCACCAGUGCACCUUGUGCCACACUUCUCUACAAAUGUCAGACAUGGUUGACUACAAAAACAGCGAGGGCAUGGUGGAGCUCUUCUGCACUCGAGCCUGUGUGACAUCUUACAAACUGCGGCCUGCAAUCAUAUACAAGCUUCAAGGAAAGAAAGUUUCAGCUCAGUUAAAAAAUAAGAAAAAAGGCAAACAAUCGAAACAGAAAUCAGACACUGAGGAGGUAACAGUCGCCUCAGACUCCACUGUAAAUGAAAAUAACGACUCUCAAGCUGCUGAAUCGGACACAACGCCGACACUCAUCAUCGCAGACUCGUGGGUCGUCUGCUGCAACUGUGGAAAGAGGCUGCCGAGAGGGCAGACGGUUUACCAGCCGAAGAGGUCUUUAGAGGUUUUCUGCUCAGCCUCCUGUCUCUCUGAGAGGCAUCCACACAUCAAAGAAGUCACCAAAACCUGCUACAACUGCCUCCAGGUGAUAAUGCGGCCUCACAACAUGAUCCUGGCUCCGGUGGACGACUCAGGAACCAUGAAGGAGUUAUGCAGUGAAACCUGCCUCUCCUCUGUCAAAUCCAAGAUCAACAUGGCUGCCCCGAAACCCCCGCCGCUAGUGGGACCUCGUUCAGAGUGCAGGAUGUGCGCCAGAUUUUGUUAUUGCAAAUUCAAGCUGACCCUGGACGGCACGCUCCACAGACUUUGCAGCGACACCUGUUUCAUCAACUAUCAUGAAGCCAACAACCUGCCCGUGUUUCUCUGUGACGUCUGCAGCUCCGUCUGCCUCGACAAACGAUUCACGCUGAAGAUGGAGGACGGCAGUAAAACCAUCUGCAGAGAGGAAUGUCUCGUCAAGUUCAAAGAGAAAGUAAAGACUCCUCAUCUGUGCCCCAUGUGCCAGACUUCCCAUCAGAUGUCAGACAUGGUUGAAAGUAAAAACGAAGAGGGCAGGUUGGACUUCUUCUGCAGCAACAGAUGUAUGAUGGUCCACAAGGCUCAGUCUCUCACGGUGACAGAGAGGAACAGCCCUUUACAUGAGGAGUGUGAUAUUAAAGACGUGAAGCCGGCGCUGCCAAAUCUGGACUGUAUAAAGGAAGAGCCCAUCGAUGAGGAGUACAACCAGAACCUCCCACCCUCCGUAUCCACAGAAAACAUCAAGGAUGAGCCGAAUGUUGCAAAGGAGGACCUGAAGAUUGGUUCUGUCUUUUCUUUGACUGGAGACUCUACGUCGACCGCUCCCACCCUCGCCCACAUGGAUCUGCCUGCCUCCUGCUCCAACUGCAAAACGGUCCUGAUGGACGGAGAAACUGUUUACCAGAGGAAAGGCCACGCCGAUAUCUUCUGCGCCACUUCCUGCCUUUUAAAAUUUUACCAAAUCAAACCAGUUAAGAAGACCUGCCAGUUCUGUCUUCAGGUGUUAACACAGUCUCAGGACGUCCUCCAGGCUCCGGUGGAUACUGAAGGGACAAUGAAGGACUUCUGCAGCCAGACCUGCCUGUCCUCCUUCAACUACAAGAAAAUAAAGUCCACCAACAGUAACUGUGACUGUAACUGUGUGGUUUAA